AAAUGUCUGAAUUCGGAUCAAAUGAAAGCCAAUUCGCCGAACGUUAAGAAAGUAUUCAUUCAAAGAGAUUACAGCGAAGGCACAGACAUUAAGUUUCAGAUGAAAUUCCCACAAGAACUCGAAGAAUAUAUUGACAGACAAUCGUUUGAACACCUGAUCGACACAUUGAACACCAUAUACUCGGACGCCGAGACCAUGAGUGGCCGGACCUGUUGUGAGAGUUGUUUGGCCUGCAUUACCGCUUACUUGACUUACAUUUGUUUCGAUACAUAUUAUGACAAAAAAUGUCUGAAUUCGGAUCAAAUGAAAGCCAAUUCGCCGAACGUUAAGAAAGUAUUCAUCCAAAGAGAUUACAGCGAAGGCACAGACAUUAAGUUUCAGAUGAAAUUCCCACAAGAACUCGAAGAAUAUAUUGACAGACAAUCGUUUGAACACCUGAUCGACACAUUGAACACCAUAUACUCGGACGCCGAGACCAUGAGUGGCCGGACCUGUUGUGAGAGUUGUUUGGCGUGUAUUACCGCUUACUUGACUUACAUUUGUUUCGAUACAUAUUAUGACAAAUGUUUGAAAAAGGUUUCGGCUUUUAUUGACGAACAAAACGAUACGAUUUGGAAACCGAGAAAUCUUUACGUAACGGAUCCCAUAGAGAGAGGACUUCGAGUGAUUGAGAUUGUAAUCUAUGAGCCGAUGGCCAGUCACCCAACGGCCGAUCACCCGAAUGCCGACAACACUAACUCCAAUUCAGUCACUAAUAACCGAAAGCCAUAA